GAAUUAGAACUGGUGGAGGAUGUCUGGAGAGGGGAAGCACAGGACCUUCUUACCCAAAUUGCGCAGCUGCAGGAGGAGAAUAAGCAACUGAUGACAAACUUGUCUCACAAAGACAUUAAUUUCACAGAAGAGGAGUUUCAGAAGCAUGAAGGAAUGUCAGAAAGAGAGCGACAAGUCAUGAAGAAGCUGAAGGAAGUGGUAGAUAAACAGAGGGAUGAAAUCAGAGCAAAGGACCGGGAACUCGGACUUAAAAAUGAGGAUGUAGAGGCUCUUCAGCAGCAACAGAACAGGUUAAUGAAAAUUAACCAUGACUUGCGGCACCGGAUCACUGUUGUUGAGGCUCAGGGGAAGGCACUGAUUGAGCAGAAGGUGGAGUUAGAAGCAUAUCUGCAAACCAAGGAGCAGGAGAUGGGCAACCUGCGAGCAGAGCUCGGGAAACUGAGAGAAAAACUACAGGGUGAGGACAGCCAGAAUGGGGAGGAAGUAAAGGCAGAACCAAACAAUGAUGACUGCUUCUCAGAGUCAGAAAAGAUGGCAAUGGACUUAAAAGAUCCGAAUCGUCCAAGAUUCACCUUGCAGGAGCUCCGGGAUGUCCUUCAUGAGAGGAAUGAAUUGAAAUCUAAGGUGUUUUUACUUCAAGAGGAGCUUUUAUAUUACAAAAGUGAGGAAACAGAAGAAGAAACUAGAUCCCCUCAACCUACACCCAUAAUUCAGUCAAAACCCUCAACUCAGCCUGAAUCUGGAAUCAAACGACUGUUUAGUUUCUUCUCUCGUGAUAAGAAACGUAUGCAGGCAUCACAGAAAAACGUCCACUUCCAGGAUACUUUUGGAGAAUGGUCAAAUUCAAAUAAAGAUGACUCCUACACCGAACAAGGACAAGAAGCCCUGCAGCACCUGUGACUAAAACCCUGAGGUGUUCCGUUUACCGCAGUAGAUCUUGACAGUCUAGUAACAAGAAGCUUCUGUAAAGAAAUCUGGCAGCUCGUCACUUUUAUUUGCCUCGCACACCCCAGUGGUUGUGUUUCAGAUGUACUCUUCCAAAGGGAUCCCGCACUGUUUACUUGGUGACUGUUUGCUGAAAGCAGAAUCCAAGCUUUGUUGAUACCCUGGGACAUCGAAGCUUCUAGAUGACUUGUUUUGUGCUGAAUAACAAGUCUAUGGUCUUGUUGAUGCAUUAACUACAGUAACACAAGCUUCUUUAAACCAAAAA